AUGGAGUACUUUGAUGCAAGGCAGAAGCCUCAUAAUGUUGGGAAAAUCAUUGCAGCCCUGGUCCUCACAACACUCUGUAUAUUUGUUCUGAAGCAAUCUCAUGGUUUUGGUGGCAAUAGCGUGUUUUCUCGCCAUAAACCUAGGGUUACCCAUGUCUUAGUUACAGGAGGAGCUGGUUAUAUUGGUUCACAUGCCGCUUUAAGGCUCUUAAAGGAUAACUAUCGAGUUACCAUUGUGGAUAAUCUAUCUAGAGGAAACAUGGGAGCAGUAAAGCUGUUGCUUAUGUGGGAGAGAGCACAUUGGAACACCUUAGAAUGCAUUUGUGAAGCUGGUAGGGUUGUCUAUAUACUAGACCAAGUUUGUGCACUAGAAAAUGAGAUGGUUCUUCGUUUAAAGAAACAAGGGCUUGACUGUCUAUAUAGCAUAUUGAUGAAGAAAUCUGCUGCAAUCAUGCUUAGUGGAAAGAAGCCAAUCCAGGCCGCGGUUACUUUGGUUGGCUUUGAAGAUGUGCUUGAAAAUUAUGAAAAAUCAAUACAGAAUGUAGUUGCUGACCAGCUUAGUUGCCUGCAGUCUCUACCUUUUGUUACAGAGAAGAGGCAGUCUGUAGCUAACCGGAUCAGAGAGAAGUACCUUGACAGAAUUCCAGGUGGAUUCUUUGUGUAUGACAUUUUUUGGGUGUUCUUCACUCCAUUUAUGAUCAGUGUGGCUAAAUCUUUUGAUGCUCCGAUAAAGCUUCUGUUUCCAACUGCAGAUGCUGCACGGCCAUUCUCCAUGCUUGCCUAA